CUGUUCUUCCAUUCUUUUCAGUGUCCAAGCCAGAAAGUCCAAGAUAAUUGAAUAAACGAUCCACAAUCACGAGUCAAUGUGUGUAGGCAAACUCUUCGUACUCUUCGGCGGCUGUGAAGCAGAGUAAUUGAUAAUAUUGAAUGCUGGCAGGACAUUGCCAAGUGAAAUCCAUUAGCUAACGGGCAAUCACCUGGAACCCUCUCAUAGCUCGGUGGAUGCCACGUGGCGAGGUUAAAGGUUGAUGACUGCCUAAAUGUAAAAGGAUGUGGCAAGAGGCAAAUAUCCGGGCGAAUGCGACACGCUGAUUGAGACCGGCUGAAAACGGAAGGACAAACGGAAGGAGACAGGUACAUACAGGGAUAAAAGGGAUACAAGGGAUACAAGGGACUGCCAGGAAAAUGUGCAAGGGCAGCAAUUCAGGAACGACAGCCACGCUGGUAAACUUAUUAGCGAAAUGCACGAAGUCAACAAACGGACAGCCGCCAGUAGAAGUCCUCGAGCAGGAAAAGGAAUCGGAAAGUCGGGGGAAUCUCGUGCCGCAAAAGCAACGAACAAAACGUCAAAACAAGCAACAUCUACAGCUGCAGCAGCAGCAGCAGCAACACCAGCUGCAACAACAGCAGCAACCUCAGGAGCAGCAUAAUCAGCGCCAGCAACAAGGACAUCAAAUAGAGCAAAUGGCGAUGGGGACAAAUGAAGAGGCGGCGGCUGCCAAGGAGCACGAACGGCAGACCAAACUGGCUGACUGCAAAUGCAAAGGCAAACACCAGCAGCAACGAAAUCGCAAUAAUGUUGCCGUCGUGCAGCAGCAUGUCCUGCGGUUGCUCCCCUUCGUCCUGUUCGUCCUGUUCCCGGUCACCGCAGCCUCGAUGACACCUUCGGCCAGGAUCUCCAGUGCCAAAGGCUCGUCCCGUGAGCUCCUCUUCACGGAAAUGGGCGGUGCAGUCGCCUCAGGGGGCAUGGCUGGAGCAGCCAGUGCUGCAGGAGGAGCACCAGGAGGAGCAGCAGGAGGAGCAUCUGCGGGCGGAGGAGGAGCGGCCGGAAUCGAGUGCCCCAGCUUCGACAACACCGCCUGUCCAUGCUACAAGUUCGAGGAUGGACUAUUCCUGGAGUGUCCCGGAACGACUGCCAUAUCGCUGCGCUCGACCCUCGAGCGAAUUUCGGCGCCGAUACACUCGCUGUCCAUCUACGACUUCGACCGCUCGGUGACGUCACUCUCGCAGGACGUCUUCCAGCCGGGCGUCCACAUCCGGCACCUGCAGUUCUCCCACUCGCACCUGGAGGCCCUCAAGGACAACAGUCUGCGCAACGUCCGCUCGAGCCUAGAGUCCCUCAGCAUUGUCAAUGGCAAACUAACGCAGAUGCCAUCCCGUGCCCUGAGCUCCAUGCAGAAACUGACGGCCCUGGACUUUGACUACAACGAGAUCGUGCGCGUGGAGGACUACAGCUUCUACGGGCUGCGGCUGUCGAAGCUGAACCUGAAGGGCAACCGGCUGCAGGGGAUGCCGGAGCACGCGUUCGCCGGACUGGAGGAGUGCAUGCAGGAGAUCGACGUCUCGGAGAAUGGCCUGCGCACCUUUCCGUUGAUGGCGCUGCGCAAGCUGGACCACCUGCGCAUCCUGCGGCUGUCGAACAACCGGAUAGCCACCUUCUACGGCGACAUCCAGUUGGCCACGAACAAUGCCUCGGCGGCGGCGGCUGCGGCCGGUGCCUUUCAGUUGCCCUCGCUGAUCUUCCUGGACCUGAGCUCCAAUCAGUUUGCCGAGAUCGGGGACGACUGCUUCCGGGCCUUUCCGCAGCUGAAGACACUCUCGUUCUAUGCCAACCAGAUCGAACUGGUCCAGCCGGAGGCGUUCAAGAGCCUGCGCGAGCUGAUGUCGCUGGACAUGUCGCACAACAGGAUCAUCAGCCUGGACCCCAAGGUGUUCGGGCGGAACAAGCGGCUGCAGACGGUGGACCUGAGUCACAACCACAUCCAUGCCAUCGGUGGGGUCUUCUCCGAUCUGCCCCAGUUGCGUGAGGUGUUCCUCAGCGAGAACAACAUACUGGAGCUGCCGGCGGACGCGUUCACCAACUCGACAAAUGUGGAUGUCAUAUACCUGGAGUCCAAUGCCAUUGGACACAUCGAUCCGAAUGUCUUUAGUACGCUGGUCAAUCUGGACCAUCUGUAUUUGCGGUCCAACUUCAUACCGCUGCUGCCGGUCACGCUGUUCGACAAGUGCACCAAGUUGACGUCGCUGUCGCUGGACAAUAAUGAGAUCCAGGACCUGGAGAUCGGCAUGUUCCGGAAGCUGGAGCACCUGAGGGAGGUGCGGCUGCACAACAACCGCAUCCGGCGGGUGCGCAAGGGCGUGUUCGAGCCGCUGCCCGCCCUCCAGGAGCUGCACAUCCAGAAGAACAGCAUCGAGGACAUCGAGCCGCAGGCGUUCAGCACGCUGCAGAGCAUGCAGCACAUCAAUCUGCAGGACAACCAGCUGACCGUGCUGGAGGACAUCUUCGCCGAGGACAACUCGUCGCUGCUGUCGGUGCAGCUGGAGGCCAACUACCUGCACAAGGUGCAUCCGCGCACGUUCCGUCGCCAGCGGAAGGUGCAGAUCAUGUGGCUGAAGGACAAUCAGCUGGUCCGCGUCGAGCGCUCCUUCUUUGCGGACACGGCCCAGCUGGGUCGGCUGUAUCUGAGCGACAAUCGGAUCAGGGACGUGGAGCGGGACACCUUUGCCGGUCUGCCGUUGCUGCAGUUCCUCGAUUUAAGCGGCAAUCAGCUGCGUCAGUUGCGUCGCGACUACUUUGCUCCGCUGCUGGCGCUGGAGGAGCUCAAUUUGGCCCGCAACCACAUCGAGGCCAUCGAGGGCUAUGCCUUUGCCAAGCUGGGCAACUUGAAGUCCCUCGACCUCUCGCACAAUCCGCUGGUGCAGCUGAGCCGUGACGUCUUCCUGGACGAACUGCCGCUCCAUUCGCUGAGCCUGGCCAACUGCUCGCUGCGAAAGCUGGAGCAGCACGCCUUCCGCUCGCUGACCAACCUGAACGAGCUGAGUCUGGAGCGGAACCAGCUGAAUCCGGCGGACAUCCAGAAGCUGGACAUGCCCAAUUUGCGGCGCCUGCUGCUCAGCCACAACAACUUCAGCCACGUCGGCUCCGGCGGCAUCAUGGCCGGCAUGUUCGACCGCCUGCGCUCCCUGCAGCAGCUGGCCAUGGCCAACUGCAGUCUGGGCCAGAUACCCGAUCUGCUGUUCGCCAAGAACACCAAUCUGGUGCGGCUGGAUUUGUGCCACAAUCGGCUGACGCAGAUGAAUCGCAACAUCUUCAGCGGUUUGAAUGUGUUCAAGGAGCUGAAGCUGUGCCGCAACCAGCUGGCCGAGUUCCCGCACAUAGCGCUCUACAAUUUGAGCGCCUUGGAGAGCCUGGAUUUGGCCCGCAACCAGCUGGCCUCCAUUGACUUCUUCAAGCUGAGCGGCACCCUCAAUCUGAGGCAUCUCGUGCUGCGAGACAACCGGAUCACGGCACUCAGCGGCUUCAAUGCCGUCAAUCUCACCCAGCUGGACAGUGUGGAUUUGAGCGGUAAUCUGCUGCUCUCGCUGCCGGCCAACUUCCUGCGCCACUCGAUCAAUCUGCAGCGAGUGGAUCUGUCCAGCAAUCGGUUCCUGCAGAUACCAUCGUCGGCGCUGUCGGAUGUGUCCAUACCGCGGCUGUCGUGGCUCAAUCUGACCGGGAAUCCGAUCAAUCGGAUCUACACGGUGAAGGAGGAGCGGUAUCCGUACCUCAAGGAGCUGUACAUCUGCCAAACGAACCUCUCCAUACUGACGUCCAAGGACUUUGAGGCCUUCCAGGCUCUGCAGCAUCUGCAUUUGGUGAACAACCGCAUCACCAGGAUCUCGCCGGGCGCCUUCAAGUCGCUGACCAACCUGCUCACGCUCGACCUCAGCGUCAACGAGCUGGAGAUGCUGCCCAAGGAGCGACUGCAGGGCUUGCGACUGCUGCGCUCCCUCAACAUCUCGCACAACACGCUCAAGGAUCUGGAGGAGUUCAGCGCAGACCUGGCCGAGAUGCAGACCCUCGACCUGAGCUUUAAUCAGCUAGAUCGCGUCUCCAAGAAGACCUUCCGCCAUCUGCACGGCCUGCUGGAGCUGCUGCUCAUGGGCAACCGCAUGACCGUCCUCUCCAACGACGCCUUCCGCUUCCUGAGGAAGCUGCACGUGCUGGAUCUGCGCAAGAACUACUUCGAGCUGGUGCCACUCGAUCCGCUCAAGCCGCUGGAGACCAAUCUGCGCACCCUCAAGCUGGAGGAGAAUCCACUGCAUUGCAGCUGCGACGCCCAGAAACUGUGGGAAUGGCUGCGGGAUCAUCGCAAAUGGUCACUUGCCGCGGGCUCCGGCGCUGGAGGAGGAUUGGGCGGCCUGGGCGGAUGGGGGGGAAGGGGGCUGGGCGGCGAUUCCAUUAAUUACCUGAGGUGCGAACACCCAACGGAGCUGCGGGGCAAGGUGUUCGGCCGGAUGGAGCCGCAGCAGUUCUGCGACGCCCCGCUAAUACCCAAAAUGGCCAUCCAGGACAUCCAGCCCUAUUCGGUGGUCGUGUCCUGGCAGAGCCGCGACCAUUUGGGCCUCAAUGGCUUCGAAAUUGUUUACCACGCCACCGGCGACGGACUCGUUCCGGCCGGAUCCCCAACGGACCGUGAGCGGGAUGGGGUCAGGGGUCACGACCCCGACAGGGAGCGCACCCAGAGCCAAAGUCAGAGCCAGAACCAGAACCGGAAUCGCAAUCGGGACCAGGAGCAGCGGGAAAGAGAGAGGGAGCGCGAGAGGGAGCGGGACAGGGAGCGGUUCCCCAUCGCCACAGAUGAGAUCCAUGGCAAGCGGCUAAAUGGGACGGCCAGCUCGACGAAGUUAACCAAGCUGAGCCCCAAUACGCGCUAUCACAUCUGUGUCAUCGGGAGCGGUAAUUGGCUCUCGGAGCCGCUGGCGAACGCACUGCAGCGGCUCCAUGCCAACGAGUCCAUUCGCGACGACGACUCGCCGAUGAUGAUGUCCGCCCCACUGCCGGACUCCUUUUCGCCGUAUCAGCAUCAGCAUCAGCAUCAGCACGCUCGCAAUGCCAAUGCCAAUGCGGCGAUGGUGCAGGAUCAGAAUCUGGAGCAGGAUCUGGACAAUGCCAUCGGUGGGGAGCAGCAUGCCCUGCUGGAGGUGCUCAAGAACUCGCACAUCUCGGCCUGCACGGAUGUGCAGACCCUCGACUCGACGCCCAGCCUGGUGACCGACGAGAACGGGCUGGCCAGCAACGGCUUCAUUCACUCCAUCCUGACCAGGCGACUGGGCCUGAUCGUGGGCUGCUGCCUGGGCAUCAUUGUGUUCAUCGUGAUGAUCUCGGUGCUGAGCUAUGUCAAGCUGAAGAAGCAGCGCAUCGAGAACGCCAAGCGGCAGGCCGCCUUGCCGCCGGAGUACAUAUCCUAUCGCCACUUCUCUAUUCCCAACGAGGAGCUGACCAGGACAGCCGCCAAUGCUGGAGCGGCAGCGGCAGCGGCGGCGGCAGCAGCAGCGGCUUCAGCGGCCGCAGCGAACAAGUCCGGCGAUGCUGGCAGCCCGCCGCACAUGUCCAGUGUGCCCAGCGGUAUUAGUGCGCACAUUAGUGGGACCAGCCUGAGUACAGGUGGCACGGGUACGGGCACCACCACCACCACGGCCACCACGCCCAUUGGCGGUGUGCCGAUUAUGGGCGUCGGCAUGGGCGUGGGCGUGGGCAAGGCGGGCAGUCCGCUGGUGGGCGUGGUGGACAGCGACCACACCCACAACGCCCACGGUCACGCCCAUGCCCAUGCCCACCGACAGAACAACGGUUACAUGGCGGCGGGUGUGGUGCUCAAUACAAACCACUUGAGCGUUUGUUAGUCGCACAAUUGAACAAUGAGUCAAGCAAGUGAAUAACUUAAACAGGGGCAGUCUGUUCCGAGGAAAAAGCGCGGAAGGAGGUUCCAAGUGAAGGGGGGGAUGUCGAGAAAUUCUACAAAAAACGGUUUGAAUACACUUCGCCCACGUACCAUCCCUCAUUGAGUAUUUUUUUGAUAAAUAAGUUAAGCCUUUGUUUAUAAGCAUUUAAAUUAUAUCACUUUUUAACACAGUCUGUAUGCUCAGUUAAUUUUUUCAUAUUUUUUUUUAUGUUGUUUGUGGUUGUCAACUACAAACAGAUAUUUAUGCACUCGAAGCCUAAAUAACUUAAAUAUUUAAAUAUUUCUUGAAUACAUUUUCAACACUGUUAAUCAUUACAAGAGAGAACCCUUCUAUAGCAUUUAUAGUUAUAUUUCAUUUAAAGAUAAUUGCAUUAAGUUUAGUUAACUAGACCCAAUCAAACAACUCAGAUAGUGAGAUCUAAAACAGAAGGCAAUUAUUUGAAAAAAGUAUUUAUUGACCAAUACAGACAUGAAUUAUAUGUGUUUUGAUUUAUUUAGCAAAUAAAAGUGCAACUCAAAUACCAAUGUUCAAAAAUGUAAACCAUGUAAUCAAAAAGUUAAAAAUUUAAAGUCUUUUAAACAGUGUUAAGUAGUAUCACUUACUAUAUUUUUUUAGAAAUGAGUUCGUUUUAGUAAUUAAUGAAGUUCCCGCAAACACAGCGUCGAUAUCCAGCUUAUAUGAUAAUACCCAAAGAUAAUCGCCCACUCAUUCGAGAAUAAAUGAGUUUUAAGAGGA